UGAGAGCGCAGCUGCCGCAGUCCAGAGUUCAAACAGCCGCACUUCACUUUCUUUUCAGCGCAGAAAGCAGAUCAGACCUGAAACCCGCCACUUCUUCUUCUUCUUCUGCUACUUUUUCUACUUUUCCUUCUUCUUAUCUCCUCGCUGCGGUUCGGGUUUUGUUCCUCCGCAUUAUUUUGGUUUUAUUUUUGGCGCAGAUCAGCGAGCAUCGGGGCAGCGGCGCUCAGACAUGUUGCGGUUGUUCCUGCUCCUGCUGGCGGUGCCGGUGCAGACGGUUCGGUCCACCAAGGCCGUGUUCGAGCUGAAGGUCCAGACCUUCAGCAGCUCCCGCAGCAUCUGCGACCAGAACCGGGACUGCCGCAUCUUUUUCCGCAUGUGCCUCAAACAUUCGCAGAGCGUCAUCAGCCCGGAGCCGCCGUGCACUUACGGGAACGCGAGCAGCGCCGCGCUCCCCGCGGACCCCGGCUCCAUCUCCGGGAGCGCGCCCAUGAAGGUGAACGUCUCCUUCAAGUGGCCGGGCUCCUUCUCGCUGAUCCUGGAGGUUUGGACCUCAGACUGCUCAGGUGGAAAGUCCACAGGCGACUGCCCGCGGCUGCUGAGCCGGGCGUCCCGCCUCGGCAGCCAGGCGGUCGGGGAGGAGUGGUCGCAGCAGCUCCACCAGGGCAACCAGAGCGAGCUGAGCUUCUCCUACCGGGUGGUGUGCAUGGAGAAUUACCACGGCGACGACUGCUCCACCCUGUGCCGGCCGCGCAGCGACGACUUCGGCCAUUACCGCUGCGACGCCCAGGGCCGGCGCCGCUGCCUGGAGGGCUGGGAGGGCAACUACUGCACCGAGCCCAUCUGUGCAGGCGGCUGCGGCGGGCACCGCGGCGUGUGCGAGGCGCCCGGACGCUGCCGGUGUAACGUGGGCUGGGAGGGGCAGCGCUGCGACAGCUGCAAGCGGCAUCCCGGCUGCCUGCACGGCACCUGCCAGCUGCCCUGGGAGUGCAGCUGCAAUGAGGGCUGGGGAGGCCUGUACUGCAACCAAGACCUCAACUACUGCACCAACCACCGGCCGUGCCAGAACCAAGCGUCCUGCACCAACACCGGCGAAGGCAGCUACACCUGCAGCUGCCGACCCGGCUUCUCCGGCGUCGACUGCGAGAUCAAGACCAAUGAGUGUGACAGCACCCCCUGCAGGAACGGAGGAAGCUGCACAGAUCUGUUGGACGGGUAUUCCUGCGCGUGUCCUCAGGGUUUCUACGGAAGGGACUGUGAGAUCAGUGCCAUGCGGUGCGCAGACGGGCCGUGCUUCAACGGGGGAACCUGCCUGGAGGCCGUUGGCGGCGGCUACAGCUGCCGCUGCCCGGACGGCUUCACCGGCUCCAACUGCGAGAAGCGGCUGGACCAAUGCAGCAGCGGGCCCUGCGCUAACGGUGCGCGGUGUCUGGACCUCGGUAGCCGGGUCGUGUGCCAGUGUCGCUCGGGCUUCACCGGGACUCUCUGUGAGACCAACAUCGACGACUGUGCCGGCAACCCCUGCCGCAACGCCGGCACCUGCCUGGAUGGCAUCAAUGACUUCAGCUGCUCUUGCACCCUGGGCUUCUCUGGCAAGGACUGCUCGGCGCGCACCAGUCCCUGCGACUUCUUCCCCUGCAGCAACGGGGGAAGGUGUUACACCCACUUCUCCGGCCCCGUGUGCCAGUGUCCGCCGGGCUUCAUGGGCGCUCGCUGUGAGUACUCCUUCAGCAUUCCCUCCCCAAGACCUCCAGAUGGCGGCGACGCCUCUCCGGCGCUGAUUGCCGCCGUCGCACUCGGCCUGGUGACUCUGUCGCUCCUGGUGUGCGCCGCCAUCCACGUCCUGCGUCAGCUGCGCCGGGGCAGGAAGCUGGCAGUCAUGUCCAGGUCCGUCAAGAACGACCUGGAGACGGUGAACAACCGCAGCGCUGUGAUCGGCGGAGGCGUCCCCAAUAACGGGAGCCUGGCGGGGGCGCCGGUGUGCAGCCUGAAGGAGAAGGAGGCCUUUCUUCUCCCUGGGGGCUCAUAUAAAGUGUCCAACAAAAACGCAGCGCUGGCAGACAAGAGCAGCGACAACGGGUCCAUGAUCAAAAACAAAAUGGCCGACUGUAACCUGGCCAAAGAGGAGCAGCGCCUGGAGAAGAACAAGUUUGACCCUCAGAAACGUGACUCCUCCAUCGCCGUCCCUCCUCUCAGUUUUGUGAAGGACAGUCUGUAUCAGCCGGUGUUCAUCGUCCCUGAGCCCAUGGAGCAGCGAGUGUUUGCCACAGAGGUGAGGCUCUAACCAGGAGUUUAUCGACCAAUCAGCAGCUGGAAGGACGCAGGUUUGAACCCUGAAGCUCAGAAUCAGUUUUAUUGGCCAAAAUUGUGGCACAAGACAGAAUCUGACUUGAGUUUUCAACAACUCACAGACAUAAUGCAUAGAGAUAAAAAACUCCAGAGGAAAUAAAAUACAAAGUUGAAGGGAAAAUGUGUGCAGGUGUGUGCAUUCACCUUUAAUUAGAAAGAAUAAGAAAAAGGAAAGUUGUUUGAUGUCUGAGUCCUCUGGCUGUUCGGUUUUCACCAGAGAGACGGCCGGGACGUCUGGGUCCCUGGGUGGUCUGGGAAGAGGUCCGGACCCAGUGGGACGAUCUGCUGAUGUCCUUCAGAUGCUUCCUCACCGGCUGCCCAGACUUGUUCUUUAAGGCUGUGGGGUUUUGUUGGAGACGAUGGCGGAUCAGUAGAAGCGGGAGCGACCUGGACACAGACCAGACUGAUGAAGAGCGAUGAAGAACGGGCUGAAGCAGGCCGUGUCGGCUCUCUGGCAGACAGGAGGAAACACUGGAGGUUUCCUGGUCUUCUGACGCUGAAACAGGCUGUUAGUGUGAUCCUGAGAUCUUUAGUGCCAGCAGAGGGUCAAAGGGUCAGAGGGGACAGCGCCGGGGGUUCUGGUGGUCCAUUUGUCUGGGAGUGGGGGAAUGUGUUGGAGGUUUCAAACCAGUAGAACGAAGGUAAAAAGGUCAAGUUUCAGGGUCAUCAGCCAGUCUGGUGUUGGGCUCCUGCAGGCUGCUUCAACCCGACACAGCGCCUCACUCAGUUUGUUCCACAGGGCCCGGCUCUGAGGGGCCCAGUUCUGAGGGGCCCGGUUCUGAGGGGCCUGGUUCUGAGGGGCCCGGCUCUGAGGGGCCCAGUUCUGAGGGGCCCAGUUCUGAGGGGCCCGGUUCUGGGGGGCCUGGUUCUGAGGGGCCCGGUUCUGUCCUACAGGGCCGGUUUCAUCCACUGUUUCUAACACAGCGCCUCAAAAUGUGCACAAGAAUCAUCGACAUAAACACGGCGAAUGAUCAGAGACUCUUAGCUGCAUGAAGGACAGAAUCUAUCCAGACGGUGACUCGGUGGGACUCGGUGGGACUCGGUGGGACUCGGUGGGACUCGGUGAGACUCGGUGACUCGGUGUCUUGGAGGGAUUCUCCCAGUUAAAUUCCCAGGAAUAAUAAUAAUAGUCUAAAAGCUUUUUGUUGGUGUUUGGUCACAUCUGGACUUUGGACCUGUUGGGACGAGACUUUGUUGUUGUCAG